UUCGUUUAUCAUCGACCUGUUGAAUCAGGAGAGUAACGCGUUCACCCAAACCAACAGACAUGAUGUUAGCACCAGCCACAUCGCUUCGUAAGAGAGAGAGACCACCACAGUUUACACUCAAUACAGCCGAUCGUCGAGCCAUGAUCAUCGAACACACCAUGCAGCAACCACCCCCGCCUGAAUAUGCUACCUUUGUCGAAAUGAAGCAUAUGGCGGGAAAAGUGGCCGUUCUUCGAGAAAAAACUUGGGAGCUUUACACCAAACAGAUGACACUGGAGAAGAGUUUUACCAACACAGGAGAUGGUUUCUCACAGGCGAAGUCUCGAGUGAGUAGCUGUCAUUCGUCGAGCGUCAAACUAAAGAAGGAGAAUACUGGUAUUGGACGGGAGGUUGGUGAACUCCGUGGAGGGAUGAGCAGCUUGGCUAAAAGAGCUGAUUCUCUCAACAAACGUCUCGAUGAAAUCGAUCAACUUAUCCUUGUCAGGAAGUCAAGAAAUAGCGAGGAUUUCAAGAGAUUUGCACGGAUUUUCCCGCCAUCUACACAGCGCUUGUCAUUGAGAAGGAAAGUUGGUUCAUUUUAUACGUAAACUCGAGCAGAGUUUAGGGACCAUGAUCUUCUCUCUGUGGAUGCAAAUGAGAGCGGCUAUUUUCACAGCAUUCAGUUCAACCUGACUUUCGAUAAUAGACAAUUAUUGUAAAGGACUGUGUUAUGUCGAUUUUAACUCUGAAAUGCAGUGUGGUCUCGUUCAAGGUAGGCCUAAUGAAUGGAAAGUACACGUUGAGGUCAUGUUUAGAUGUCUGUAUUCGACAGUUGACAGGCUGGAUGCUGUUUCUAUGGCAACGCAUCAAUUUUAUUCUUGCAUCUUCAAGUAUUUUGAGCGGGAAAAAAUUGAAAAAGUGGACAAGGCUUUAGCGUGAAGCUUGGAAGAGACUGAAUCUCGCUAUUUUGUGUUGCGCUUUAUGUUUUAAAAUGUUAUUCUGAUUUUGUAAAUGAAAUGGAAUAUGUUGCUUAUAAUAACAUCGUAUAUAUGUGAUUAUACAUGCGGUAUACGUUUAUAUCAGAAAUGGUAAUUCAAUAUCUUCAUGAGCCAAUAUUUCUAUCAAGAAAUCACAAGU